AUGUUCCUUCCUCAAGAAUCUGACCGGGAUGACUUAUCUGUGGCAGGGGUGCAGCCUUUUAAAGAGGAGAAAGAGCUGGAGGUUUUGGAGAAAAGACAUUCAGAUCUUUGGUUAAACGAAAAACGGGCAAACAAUCUAGAAGACAGUGUGAUUGAGUUUGAUGAAGAUUUGGCCUCAGAUCCAUUAGAUUCGGAAUAUUCAAAAGAUGGCAUUGUGGCCCUUGCUGACGGGAGAAUGGACUCACCAGGUCAUUCUGCAACCAUGCAAGCAGCCGAGAAGAGUUCAUGGACAUUUGGCGAGGUGUACUGCACCAUGUUAGUGGCGUGCAUGAGUGGGACCUGGAUCGUGCUGAACCGCAGAUGGCUGAAGGAUGUGGAGAAGUUCCUCACAUUUCGGACCACCUCACAGCUGGAAUCAUUCCAAAACCAUAUUCUGAUCCGUCCGGCACAUGUGUACAGCAAAGGCCAAGUGUCCCUAAAGAGACUAGAGGACUCUUUUGAAUGUACGCGUGUUGCAGUCCGACAACAAGAAAUAGUCAAUUCUGCCCCACCUGUGGAAAAUGUCAAAGCGCGCUGGCCAGCACUUCAUACAGAGAGACAGGUCCUGGCAGAAUUUAACCAGAUCACCAGCUCCAAACUGGGCAAUGAUUUCGUUGAAGCAUUGGAUUGCCUAACGACACAGUUCAUCAAGCUCUUUAAGGCCAAAAGGGGGACUGCUGGCGCUAAGCUUUCCAAGAUUGUCCGGCACCUCGAUUCCUUUCAGAGGAGAUGGAGAAAGGAGAAAGGUACACAGCAAAAGAGAUGGUGGAACUGCAGGAAAACCCUGGUGACCGAGAGAUCCUUAAAGAUUAUAAUUCUUGACAUGAGUGAAACACAUGGACAAAUGCCUUCCCGAAAACAAAAAGAAAGCUAUGCUCUUAGAAUUAUCACACUUUUUUCUUCAUUGAAGGAUCCAUUUUCUCAAAAAGGUUAUACUAAUCUCGCCUCGUAA